GGUCGGCUCGAGGGCCAUGCCGCCCCACACGCGCGCAGCCAUGGCCUCAGCAUGUGCCACUGGCGCUUCUGGCCGGCCACGUGGGCGCUGCCCCCCCGCUUGCUGCUCGCGUGCGCGGCCCUGGCGGCCUGCCUCCAGGGCGGCCUGCGGCUGCUGUCGUCGAGCCGCGCACCUCCCCGGCCGGCCCUCUCGGAGCCCGCGCUGCCCCCCUCGGCGGCGCGCGGGAGCGGGGCACCAGGCGCGCCGUCGGGCACGGUGACGGCGGCCGCGCCGCCGCCGCCCUCGGCCCCUGAGCCUGGCGCGCCCCCGGGGCCGGAGGCGAGGCACGCGCAGCCGCCGCCGCCGCCCUCGGCCGCCCUCCCUGCCGCGGGCGGCAGCCGGGCACCCGGCGCGCCCCUGGGGCCGGAGGGCCUGGCCGAGGGGCUGCCGGCGGCAGCGGCGGAGGUGGCGGUGCCCGCGCCGCCGCCGCCCUCGGCCGCCCUCCCUGCCGCGGGCGGCAGCCGGGCACCCGGCGCGCCCCUGGGGCCGGAGGGCCUGGCCGAGGGGCUGCCGGCGGCAGCGGCGGAGGUGGCGGUGCCCGCGCCGCCGCCGCCCUCGGCCGCCCUCCCUGCCGCGGGCGGCAGCCGGGCACCCGGCGCGCCCCUGGGGCCGGAGGGCCUGGCCGACGGGCUGCCGGCGGCAGCGGCGGAGGUGGCGGUGCCCGCGUCGCCGCCGUCCUCGGCCGCCCUCCCUGCCGCGGGCGGCAGCCGGGCACCCGGCGCGCCCCUGGGGCCGGAGGGCCUGGCCGACGGGCUGCCGGCGGCAGCGGCGGAGGAGGUGGCGGUGCCCGCGCCGCCGCCGUCCUCGGCCGCCCCGCCCGGCGCACUCUCGGGGCCGGAUGCGGGGCGCGUGCAGCCGCCGCCCGCAGGCGCCAAGCCAGUGGAGGUGAGCGUGGCACCAGGUGCGCCCCGGAGUCCGGAUGGGCAGCCGCGAGAGCCGCCGCGGCUGCCCUACCACGCGGACGAGGGCCUCCUGCCGCUCCCCGACGGCGUGCUUGACGCGGCGCUGGCGAGGACUCCCGGGGACAGGACCGGAGUGCGCGAGGUUCUGGCUAAGCUGCAGGCGAACGGGUCCGUGAAGGUGCAGGUCCUCGGCGGGAGCCUGACGCUGGGGGGCCAGGACUGCCGCCAGGAGAGGCUCGGCGCCACGUACCUCUCGCGGGACUGCGCCUGGCCCGCCCGGCUCCAGAGACGGUUGCGCGCAGGGUACCCGGGAGCCGCCGUGACCGUCGAGAACAGGGCGAUCGGCGGCUGCGGAACAGCGUGCAUUUUGCCACAGUUGUCCCUCCUCGAGGCUGGAGACUACACAGCGCCAGAUCUGUUCAUCAUUGACCUUGCAGUGAACGACGUGCGGUUUGCGAUGGACGAGGCCUUCGCUGGAUCAUUCGAGGCUCUCAUUCGCAUGAUAGGCACUUUCGUGGACUUCGGCAGGAUUCUUCUUCUCCAAACAGUGCCGUUCCAUGAGGCGAGCAUAACAUGGCGCGAGGACAAGGACGUCAUGAUGCGAGCGUUUGAAAAUCAGCAGCAGAAGUACGACAAACUUGCACGACAGUACCAUAUUCCAAUUGUCAGCUGCUUCGAUGCGACGCGCGAGUUCGCGUCGAUGCUCAACGGAACACAGGAGUUCUGGGUGCCAGGCCGAAAAUGGGAGCACCCCCAGUGGAAAACGCAUGCGUACAUCGCCGACCUGAUUGUGCACCUGCUGAACUCGCAGGUGGGGCCAGCCAGCCGGAUGGCGCCGGCCGCGCGCGAAUGGCACAGGCCUGCUUCUCUGUUGGGAGACGCAGCGGAUGCCAGUGCGUUCCCGCUGCUCCACAAGGAGACCGCCCUCGUGCUGGGCAGCCUCUGCCAGAAGCCGCUGUCGGCUCACAGGGCGGCCGCCGACUCCGGCUCCCGCCCAAGGCUCACCGCAGGGUGGAGCCUGCGCGAGGACCGGCCAGGCAAGCCAGGCUGGAUUGCCGAGGCUUCGGCGCCCGAGUUCACCAUCCCCAUUCCCCUCGACGAGCCGCCGGCGAAGAGGAGUCUUCGCUUAAAGGUCGGCGACAACAAGACGGGCAUCGCUGGCAUCGUGAUCGAGCAUGUCAGGGGUGGCAUCUUCGACGAGUGGAACAGGGGCAAUCCCCUGCAGCACUGCGAGCAGGGCGACAUCAUCGUGGCGAUCAACGGCGUGAGGAGUGACCCCGAGAAGAUGCUGAGAGGCUUGCAGAACAAGCCUGUCAACAUCACAUGUCGGAAGAAUCCCCGCCGCAAGCAGCCGCAGUCGCACUGGAUCGAGUUUCCUGUCUCCUUCGGUGCCGCGCCGAUCCUGUCUGUGUCGGUCCUGCGGUCGUAUGAAGGUCUAGGCGAAGCUGAUGUUCAGAUGAAUGGUUCCAUGUACAUGUUGCGUGGACUCUGGCAGCUGCACGAGUCCCAAACUUUUGCGUACAGUUUUAUUGCGAACCACUCAUAUCCACAUGUCCACCAGACGAAGGAAACCGACUGCAGCGGUAGAGAGGGGCGGAAGCCCUGCGGGUUUGGCAUCUCCCCGUAUUCCACGCACAACGUCAGCUUCAGAUUGGCGACCGGUCCGAAGUUCAAGAUCAUCUCUGUCAUCUCGUGCUGAGGGCGCGCCGAGGAGCGCGACGCACCCCUGCACUGCAGGAAGGCCGCCCUGGGUGCUAUUUCGCAGCAGGCUGCGCGCCGCUUCGGAGGUCGGAAUGUGCUUGUCGGAAGUGAUUCCCGCGCGCUGCCAGGAGACAGCGCUGCGCAGCAUCUCCACAAGACUCGUCAAACAUACAUUGACGGUUAUUGUUUUCGGUGCUUGUGUAGUCGGCGCUACCCCAAUGUUGGCAUGACAUGUUUGACCCAGACGCGGGGGUGUCCGAAAUCUGGCAAUCCCCUCACAGCACUGAGGGACGUGCUUUCUGACAAGUGCCCGAACUAUCGAGCGGCACGAGUCUGAACGGCGUAGCAGUGGCUUUUUGACGAGGCCUGUGGUUACAGCCGAUGCCGCGGCUUGAG